AUGCUCCCCACGACUAUCCUGCUCUUGCUCCCCGUUCUACAGCUAGCCCUUGCGGCUCCUGUUGUCGACCUCGAGAGCCGCCAGGCUCCCUGCGAUAGCGUGCACAUCUUCCUCGCUCGUGGGACUGAUGAGCCGUACCCCGGGCGCCAAAGCUCUCUGGUGGAGGCCAUUUGUUUCGGGCUUCCCAGCUGCGGCUAUGAAGACAUCGUGUACCCCGCUGUCUACUCCCCGUACUGCAAUUCCGUGUCUACCGGUGUCAGUGAUGGCACAUAUCAGGUUGCCGCGUACGCGAGUCGCUGCCCGGGUUCCAAAUUGGUGCUGAGCGGGUACUCCCAGGGCGCACAAAUCGUCGGUGACAUCCUUGGAGGAGGUGGUGGUACCUUUUUCAACAAUUGCACGGAACCCACAACGUCUGGCAUAGGUCCUGGGACCUUCCCCGGCAAUCAAAUCGCCGCGGCACUCCUCUUCGGCGAUGUCCGCCAUGUGCCCUACCAACCUUACAAUACUGGGACGGGAGCUGGCGCGAACGGUAUAUACCCCCGCACCGAUGCGCAGCUCUUUUCGCUCAACCGCUUCUCCAAUAUACUGCGCUCCUGGUGUCUGGCGACCGAUCCUGUGUGUGCACGGGGAUUGGAUGGCAACUCUCACACUACUUACUUUGAUCUCUUCUCUGAAGAAGCAGGUGCUUGGGUCAAAUCUAAGCUAUGA